AUGGGCUGGCCUUCGUGGGGCCAAGGCUUUGCCUCGUUGCCCGCAGUCGGUGCCCUUUGCCUCGUGUUGAUGCAAGGCUAUCCGGGGCUAGUUGGCAACAACCUCACCAUGGAGUCAGACCAACUCAGCCUACCCAUUACGGUUGGCGGGGCCUCCGGCUGCGUCAUGAGCGCAGCUCUCACCGCCACCAGCCCCUCCAAGUACCCCAGGGCGAUUCUCGAGUUCGUCCUGCCCGCGCUCAUUGUGACCACGGCCUACGUUCUGUUGCUGACAGAUGCUGUGUGCCCGACGUGCGGCGGCAACCUCGCGUCGUGCGACUACGACACCUCCCAGACUUGCCCCGCCGCCACUGUCGUGGCUAACAACGCGAAAGUGCUCCUCGGCACGGCGGCGGUGAGCACCAUGACCAUCGCGAACCUGCUCCGACCACGGUUCCUGCGGGUCCUGGGAGGGGGAAUGCUGCAGCGCUUUGUAGCCCUGCACCGCCAACCCGAGAAGGGCACGACUUUCGAGAUCAAGCGGACCACAAAACCAUCCGAGGUGACGGCGGCAAUGCAAACUGGGAGAAUCUCCCAGAUUGACGCGGCGACACAGAUCCAGCAAGUGAUCGAAGAGAUUGACCAGGCGAUCGACACGGCGGGGGACGACGCCGCAAAGGCGCUGCUCGAGAGGGAGAAAGAAAAGUGGACGGACUACCUGAAAGGGGGCUUCAAAUAUGUCACUUCAGCGACCGAGUCUGACGGCCUCAGUGGACCAGAGGGGACGAGCGUCACCGGUUCCAUGUCGCUGCUCUGGGCGAAUGACGAGGUUAGCCUGGAGAUGCUGGCCGUGCGCUUCUUCUGGGCGCUGCUUCUUCUCGGCCUGGCCUCCGCCUCGGCGCUGCUCGCGCCGGUGUCGCGCGCCGUGGCGCCGCCGCGAACGGCCGCGCCCCUCAUGAAGGAGGCGGUCACCCGCAUCGAGAUUGAGGCCAUCGUCCGCUUCAAGCGCGCCACGAACCAGGUUGGCCACUUGCGCAUCCUCCGCAACCGCAAAACCUUUGAGAACAACCACGACAAGAAGAUCCGCAAGAAGAAGGAGGCGUUGAUGCGCGCCGCGCGGGCGCGCCGCUCGCGCCGGGCGCAGGAGCGCCUGUGAGAGGUCCGGAUACCAAUAUUGUGGGUUGAACUCGAUUCGUGGGCGCGGGCUGUGCAGUGGGUGGCCAGCACGCGCGCUCUGGAACCUAUCGGUGCGCGGCGCGCGUGCCUGGCGCGUGCUGUACAAAAGCAAGGUGCGCGGAGUACACGUAAUGCACCCCUUCGUUUGCCGUAAAGAAACUACGGCGCGGUUGG